UUUCUUUUGAAAGAAAAAUGUCAGGAAAACAACAUUACAAUUGGGAUUAUAACAAUAAUUCAAAUAGUUUAAGUCGACCAGUUAGACGUCAUUUAAUUAAUGUAUAUCUUACACUUGCUGCUAUGUGCGCUAUAGCAACAAUGAGUACUCAAGUGGGGAAUUACUUAGGUUUAUUAAGUUCGCCCAUUAGUUCAAUAGGUGCUGUGGCAAGUGCAUCUAUGUUUCGAUUUACAAUGCCUAAUAGUAGAAAUCGUUGGAUUUUAUUAAUACUUUAUUCUAUAUUCAGUGGUAUUGCAUUGACAACUUUUGUAUCCUUUUUCCUUAACUGGGAUCCUUCAGGAAAUAUUGUUUUUAUGGCCUUAUCGUCUGCAGUGUUGAUCUUUUUAGGAUUUUCAUUAAGUGCUGUUAUGGCAAAUCGUCGUAGCAUGUUAUAUAUUGGUGCAUUUUCAAGCAGUAUUUUGAGUGUUUUAUUAUGGCUUUCCUUAGCAAAUUCUUUUUUUAUUAGAUCAACAUCAGUUUUUUCUCUUGAACUAUACGCUGGAUUAUUAGCUUUUGCAGGAUUUGUCAUGUAUGAUACGCAAAUGAUUGUUGAGCAUGCAAGUGCUGGUUUAAUGGAUAUACCUGGCCAUUCAAUGGAAUUGUUUAUGGAUUUGUAUUCAUUAUUUAUUCGAUUAGCACAAAUUCUAUUAAAAAAAGAAAUGGAUCGUGAGAAUGAAAAGAGAAAAAAGAAGAGUCCAAAUAGGUUAAGGAGAAAUUAUUAGUAGUAAUAAGUUCUUUAUAUAUAUAAUAAACGUACAACAAGAAAAAGAUAGUAGUUUCAUUAAUAAAAAAAAAAUUAUGCAUACAGUACUGGAUUUUUCCAACCUAUUCGCGAAAUGUCCAAAAUAUCACAGUUACUCAGAAUAUUCAAAAGUAGUUAAAUUUAAAUAAGCGAUGAUGAUGUCAUUAGUCACGUGACCUUUAUUUUUAUAGGACUAUAUAUAUUACAUUAAAGUAUCGGAAAAUGUCGUUUCUUGACUUCUUG